GUAUGCUAUUAUUUAUUUAUUGAUAAAAAUCUAUCUUGUUAAAAUUGUGCCUUGUAGUUAACAGAUGAACAUAAAAAGCUCAAUCCACAGUGUGAAGUUCCAGUACUUAUUAUUGAUGGAAAAAAACUUCUACAAUCAAUUCCUAUCAUCGAAUAUAUUGAUGAAACAAAUCAGAUUCAACCUCGACUUGUACCAGAAGAUCCUUAUCAACGUUAUCAGGUUGCUCGUUUGAUUAGUGAAAUCAUUGCAUCUGGUAUUCAGCCGUUGCAAAAUUUAAAAGUUCUUAAACGUGUUGGUGAAGACAAAAAAACUGAAUGGGCACAUGAUUUUAUUAAAGCAGGACUCGGUGCGGUAGAAAAAGCUCUUGAAGAGUCAGCAGGACAAUAUUGUGUAGGGGAUCAAAUUUCAAUAGCUGAUUGUUGUCUUGUACCUCAACUCUAUAAUGCACGACGAUAUAAUGUUGAUUUAACUGCAUAUCCUAUUAUGUCAGCUAUUGGCGAAAGAUUAAAUGAACUUCCUGCAUUCAAAGAAGCACAUCCAAAUCGUCAACCUGAUUGUCCUGAUGAAGAAAAAAUAAAAUCUUAA